GAGGAGCUGCUGCUGCUGCCGCCGCCGCUGCUGCUGCUGUCGCCGCUGCCUCGGGCGCAGGAGUGUCCACCCGCCACAUCCGGCCAUGUCCUACGUUUUUGUCAACGAUUCUUCACAGACUAACGUGCCCUUGCUUCAAGCCUGCAUCGAUGGGGACUUCAGCUAUUCCAAGCGGCUUUUGGAAAGUGGCUUUGACCCCAACAUCCGAGACAGCAGGGGCAGAACAGGCCUGCACCUCGCCGCGGCCCGAGGGAACGUGGACAUCUGCCAGCUGCUACAUAAAUUUGGUGCUGACCCACUGGCCACGGAUUAUCAGGGCAACACUGCCCUCCACCUGUGUGGCCACGUGGACACCAUCCAGUUCUUAGUCUCCAAUGGACUCAAAAUUGAUAUUUGCAACCAUCAAGGUGCUACCCCUUUAGUUCUGGCCAAGCGCCGGGGCGUGAAUAAAGAUGUCAUCCGAUUGCUGGAGUCUUUGGAAGAACAGGAGGUGAAAGGAUUUAACCGAGGCGCACACUCGAAGCUGGAGACUAUGCAGACCGCAGAGAGCGAGAGUGCCAUGGAAAGUCACUCUCUGCUCAACCCCAACCUGCAGCAGGGCGAAGGGGUCCUGUCCAGCUUCCGGACCACGUGGCAGGAGUUCGUGGAGGACCUGGGCUUCUGGAGGGUCCUGCUCUUGAUCCUGGUCAUUGCUUUGCUGUCCCUGGGCAUCGCCUACUAUGUGAGCGGGGUGCUGCCCUUCGUGGACAACCAGCCUGAGCUGGUGCACUGAGGGCUCAGAGAUGAGGCAAGGCCCGUCAGCGUUGGUCUUCAGUUCUUAGAGUUCUCAGCGCAGCAGUGAGGGCUGGUUUUCGUUUGGAUUUUUACUUACCGUGACUCUUUAGGAGAAUGAAGUGUUCCCUUGAACUCGCCCUGUGGUGGGUUACCCUGCAUCCUAGUGCUACCUCGGACUGCCACAGCCUGGGUUUAGGGACUAUCUGCCCCAGGCUUGUCACAGCGGGGACCCCACCCUGAGGGAGGAGCAGUGACCCCCGGAAAGCAGAUUGGUUUUUUCUUUGAUUCUGUUUUGUCCAUGGAUUUUGUCAGAGCUGAAAGUGAAACUUUUCAACUUAAAUUUUGAUUUUUUUUUUCUCACAACCUAAAUGGCAAAUUAGAGCUGUCAGACUCUUUGAGUUUUAAAGACUGCUUUCAAACUGCUCACAUGGCCGACAGUCUUUAACGUGGAUGAUUUGAUCUAACAUUUGGUUGCUGUGGGACGAUUCUGAUUCAUUCUAAACUGAUGGCAGCAUCUGUAAAAAUCAGCCUGUAGAGUUCACUACUCAGUCCCCAGACUCCUCCCACUUUAUUUUUGAGAUGUCCUGCUCAGAAACCAUCUGGAAACCCUUUGUAGUAAGUGGGCACUAGAGAAAGAAUCCUGUCCUCCACUGUCACCAUAACGUCCGUCCUGUCAGCCUGCUGCGUGUCACAGUUCAUUACAACUAACCCUUGGUCCCAGAGAACGCCGUCUAGGUCAGCGAGUAUCUGACAGCGGAGGUGGAGGAGUCCGUCUGCCUCAAGAACCCUGAACGAUGUCAUGCUGGAGUCAUGGUUCCCGUCUGUGUAUAGGUGCACGGUGUGAUAGGGAUCUGGACCCCAACUACACGGUGGCCUCUUGGAGUGUUUGGAAGUCCUUUGCCUGCGGUUCUGUAAUAUACAAGUCAUGUUUUAUGUUAUUAUGGAGGCUUAAUAAUUUUUCAUUAAGUAAAAUCUGAAACCCACAGUAAAGACCUGAUGGUUUUGCUUUCUGUAGCAAAGACGCCACUAGUUGACUCUGGAAAGUGGGCCCGUCCGCCAGCCUCUGGCUUGCUGGUGUUUUCUCCUCUGCUUUUAGACACCAGGUAUAGACACUUUCUCUCACGUGGCUGUGUCCUAGCUGAAGGAACUGCUUCCCAGCCUCUGACGUUAGAAUCAGCCUACAGAGGCUUACUCCAACUUGAUCCUGUUUGGUGGGAUGCAAGGAGGGAGAGCAGGUGUCUGCCUGGAGGCCAGUAGCAGCCAGGUUCAGAGUGCGUCCAGAACAAAGCGUUUUAGAAGUAGCUUCCCGUAGAUCUGGAUGUCUGGAACGUGUAAUGCGCUGCAUCUGAGGUCCCUGCUUCCUGCCCCAUGCUGGUUUUCUUUGCAUUGUGUGUUCUGCAUUAUUUGUUCAGUAAUAAAUAAUAAAUCUAUUGCA